AUGGCUGACGACGAUUUCGAGACGGGUGAUCUCUUCCAAGAUCCCGAGGGUUUCUACCCAGAGGAAGAAAAGCCCACUUUCGCCGAACACCAAAUGCUCUCAGGCAAAACAGUGCGCGUGCGUCUGGUGGGCAGCCACCCUCUCUAUGGAAAUCUUCUUUGGAACGCCGGUCGAACCAGCUCACACUAUAUUGAAGAGCACAGCGACUCUCUCCUUCGCGACAGGGAUGUCCUCGAAAUCGGUGCCGCAGCCGGCGUCCCCAGUAUUGUGAGCGCAAUCUUAGGUGCUCGUACCGUUGUGAUGACCGAUUACCAUGAUCCUGAUCUCGUGUCGAACAUGCAAUAUAAUGCCGAUCUGGCGGCUGAUAUGAUCCCUGCCAGUCCCGCACACCAGCGGCUUUCUGUCGAGGGUUAUAAAUGGGGAAACCCGGUGGAACCAUUGUUGGCGCAUAUUCCCCCAGCUGAGGAGGGCAAGCCGUCCGGGUUUGACCUACUCAUCAUGGCGGAUGUGGUAUAUAGCUGGCGUGAGCAUGGCAAUCUGGUCAAGACAAUGCAGGAGACACUUAAGAAAGACCCGGCUUCUGUUGCGCUAGUCAUCUUCACGCCAUAUCAGCCGUGGUUGCUGCCGCAGACUGAACGAUUCUUCCCACUGGCUGAGGCGGGUGGGUUUACCGUGACCAAGAUCUUUGAAAAGCUGAUGGGCGAGGUUCUCUUCGAGAAUGACCCAGGUGAUGAGAGACUCCGGAGGACAGUGUUUGGAUAUGAGCUUCGAUGGGCCCCGGAACAAUUGGAGUCACAUGCCCGAACCCCGCGGGAGAAAAAAAAGUUCGCCGCACCGAACAAAUUCCCAAACCACACGAUGCCACUCGUCAUUCUCACAGGGUACCCUUGCUCGGGUCUUACGUACCGCGCAAACCAAUUAGCCUCCCUCAUUGAGAAGUCGCAGGACGGGCUCUUCGCAACCGCCGAAACUGGCAGCACAAUACCUCUCAAAUCCCGAUUCAAAGUCCAUGUUGUCACCUCACAUGAUAGCUCCCACCCGCGCAUAGUAUAUGAUCAUGCGCGCACAGAGAAGGAGGCGCGAGGUGUGGCGUAUGCCCGUGCCAAGCGCGUGUUGACCCGGGAUAGCAUUGUUAUUCUCGAUGGAAUGAACUAUAUUAAAGGCUGGAGGUACCAGCUUUGGUGCGAAGCAAAAGCUGCAGGUACAACGUGCUGUGUGGUGCAUGUCGGCACACCCGUUGAUCAGUGUGUAGCUAACAACGAUGCCCGACUAAAGCGACAAGCUGCGCUUCAAGGAACAUCUGAAUCCCCCGAAACACAAGAUAUUUCAGCAGACAAGACCCCUGAUUCAACUAUAUCUACCGACACAGAAGAGCCCUACCCAUCUGACCUUCUAAACAAUCUCAUCUUUCGUUACGAAGAACCAAGCACCCAUAGUCGCUGGGAUAAGCCUCUAUUCACAGUACCCUGGUCCGAUACUGAGCCGCCAGUAGCAGACAUUUUCCACGCACUAACAGGCGUCGAUCUGCGCCCCGAAGAAACAGAAACCGAAACACCCAUCUCCAUGCUCACCUCCACCCUAGCCUCAUCAACUAUCUCCUCAGCAGCAAGCGUAGCAACAUCAGCAAGAACAUUCACUCGCGGUGGUGCCAGUGGCGGCUCAAUCCGCCCAAGAAUCGUCCCGCACCAAGCCACUGUACAAUCUGCACCUACAGACCCGAGUGCGCUGUACGGCAUGGAAAAGCGGACAUCAGCCAUUGUCUCUGCGAUUCGGGCCUUCACACAAGCGAACCCAUCAGCGGAAGUUGCCUUAGCCCAGAGCUCUGAUCUCAAUGGCAUAGUCAUCGCCGUCCCUGAUGCAUCAAUUCCGAUCUUUGUCCCAGUACAUGUUGCUAUGGCCGGAACUACGGAUGAGCUGGCUGGUGCGGGUGGUGUUUUGGCACUUCCAAAGUUACAGCGAUUACGGCGACAGUGGAUUAGUUUGAAUCGGACUUAUAUUGGACAUGGCCAUGGUGCUGGGAACGGUGGAUUAGCAGCAGACCAGAUUGGAGAUGCGUUUGUGCGAUUUCUGAAUUCUGCAUUGGAUGAUAAAGAGAAUGUUUAG